AUGAUAACAUGGCCCGUGUCUGCCGAGCAGUUUUACAAUGAGAAGUUGGUGACUGAGAUACUGAGAAUUGGGGUUGCUGUUGAUGUGAAGAAGGAAGCAAGUGUGAAGAGGGACGCCAUAGAGAAGGCUGUGGCUCAAGUCAUGGUGGGUGAUAAAGCAGAGGAAAUGAGAAGCAGAGCAAGGGCACUUGGGGAGAUGGCAAGGAGGGCUGUUGAAGAAGGCGGAUCAUCAUUCUCAGAUUUAACUGCUCUAAUUGAAGAGUUGAGAUCCCUUUGA